GUCGCUGCCGCGCCGCCCCCGCCGCGCCGUCUCGUCCCGCGAGUCCCGCGCCACGCCGACACUGCGACACUGCCAUGGUGCGCUUUGUCCCUUCCCGCGCUUUUCCCGCCCCGGCCGCGCGUGCGUGUUAGCGUGCGUGCGUGUGUGUGUGGCCGCGUGGCCGCCAGUGCGGGCCGUGCGGACUGUCGGUGCCCCGUGCAGUCCCUGCAGUCCCUGCAGUCCCUGCAUCCGGUCCCGGACGUCCUGGACCCGGCGGUGACGUCCGCUGGCCGCAGCAGCAGUGCAGUGCCGCAGUACAGUGGCGGGCGGCGAUAGGACCGCGCUAGUGCCGCCAGUGGUGCCAACACCGCCGAUGUGGGCAUGUGCCGCAGUAGCCCGACCAGCCCGCCCCGCUUGUCCAGUUCCAGAUUCCAGAGACCAGCAGUAGAAUGAGGAUGGACGCCAAGACCGAGGCCCAGAAGUGCGCGGGCUGCGGCAAAAUCAUCAGUGAAAGGUUCCUGCUCAAGGCCAUGGACCUGUUCUGGCACGAGGACUGCCUCAAGUGCGGCUGCUGCGACUGCAGGCUCGGCGAGGUGGGCUCCACGCUGUACACCAAGGCCAACUUAAUACUCUGCAAGCGGGACUACCUCAGAUUGUUCGGCAACACGGGGUGCUGCGCGGCCUGCACCAAGGUGAUACCCGCCUUCGAGAUGGUCAUGAGGGCCAAGCACAACGUGUACCACCUGGAGUGCUUUGCGUGCCAGCAGUGCAGCCAUAGGUUUUGCGUGGGCGAUCGGUUCUACCUGUGCGAGAACAAGAUCCUCUGCGAGUACGACUUCGAGGAGCGGCAGGUGUUCGCCCACAUGGUGUACUCGCCGUCCACCGUGGCGCACCUCAAGAGACAGACGUCGCACCUGCCGGUCAGCGCUCAGGACGCGCAACCUGGCGGCCCGGGUGGCACCGUCACCUCCCCGACGACGCCGGCCCUCCUGAACGGCUCGCCGCCCGUCAACGGCUCGACGCGGACGCCCCUGGCCGUCACGGGCGGCACGGGCGGCACCAACGGCGCCGGCGUGCAGCCCUCGCCCGGGGACCCCCACCGCGGCGACCUCAACAACAACAUGGGCAUCGUGGGCAGCCAGAGCCCGCUGCCCUUCAAGAACCUGCCCCCGCUGUCCAUGGCGGGGAGCUGAGGGGAGGACGGCCCUUCGGUUGGACACUGUCACAGUGCCCCCGAGUGCUUCCGCGAGCACGGGCGGCCAGGGACGUAGCGCGUCGCUGCAGUCGCUGCCCACCCGGAUUUGUACAAAGCCCGAAUGGAUAUUUUAUGCUACCUAAUUGUUGUGUUAGUUAGCCCUUUCAAAUUGUUGCUGUUAAGAAGGCGAAUGAACACUGACACUGUUGAUGAAACUCUUUGUUUCCCCUUCCAAAUUUGGCUCCGCAUGUCAGCUUUCUAGCACUUUUCUUCGAUGUAUUGUUAUUCCAUUUGUAGAUGGGGAGGUAUCAACAACCCCUGACCGUGUUUUCCCUUGUUUUCGUCAGUUUUCCGGCCAAAGCCUUAACUUAUUGUUGACGAAGAAAAGAGCCAAGCAAGCGGGGUGCCGAGCCAAAUGACAUGCACGCAAGUCUCUAAGACCCUCGCUACUGUACUGUACGAUAGAAGCACCGAUAAUGUAAACGUUCGCCCGAACCGUUAGACGGAACUAUUCAAGAAGAAAUCCCCGCCCGACUAUGUAAACGUGGCUCUGUAUAAUGUUUCUAUUUGAAUCGCGCGCUCUUCGAUAUUGUCUCCGGUAUGAAAUCAUGUUCCUGUUUCACUCUUUCUUGUUUUUUUGUUGUCUUUUUGGUGAUUUGUUUAAGCUAAAUCGCGCGUUUGUGAAGAUGGCAGAUGUUUCUCUUAGCUAAGACGGUUUGUGUCGGAGCUCCGCGCAGUUGUUGGACUUCCCUGAUGGGACCCUUCCAUUCCAGAUUCGUUUAAAUUUGUUGCUGUGGUUACCUAACGUGAGUAGGGAUGUUUAUGUUUAAAUGUGCCAUAAAAUGUGAUAUAAGUGACGCAUCUAGUCGUCGGCACUGCGGAAAGAGCGGAGGAAUGACACUUUGUUUAUUGUUUUGCCGACCGUUAUUUUUUUAUGCUCAACUUCAUUCGGGGCCGACACUUCCUCAGUGUUUCUCUUUACUGUGGAAAUGAUGAAAAUGACUGUGACAUGCUGUUAGGUUAUAGUGAACGGCGAAUCCUUUUUGCCGAUGUUGUAUACUGAUUUAAUAUUGUUUAUCUGUAUAUAUAGUAGAAUAAAUACACAAUGUGAUAUAAGAAAUA